AUGGAACGACCUCAAACCGCAAUUGUAUCGCUGCGUGCUCCUCAUGAACUUCCGUUUGAUCUCGGGUUUACGUGGAUCAAUGACUUGGACACUCAUGGUGAUGUAAUCUCACGUACCAUUCACAGCGCAGCCACAGUCUUCAGAAAGCUACGGACUACGUGUGGAACUUUCUACACGUUCUACACGACCAGUACUCCUGGAGUUACUCUCGCGUGUUUGUUUGGAUUCUCACAAGGAGCGUGUGUGGCGUUCCACUUGGCAAUGACUUUGCCAAGUAAUGUGCGGUUAGGAGGGAUGGUAUUGGUAUCAGGUGGUGCAAUUGCAGGUCCCCAUUCAUGCUCCUCUGCUUCCAAAGGAGGUGCCACUGCUACACCUAUACUUCAGGUCUCUGGUGCAGCAGAUGCCGUCUACCCGACAGCACUUGCCGACCGAUCGCGCCGUGAAUUUGAGCAAAGGCAUUCUCACGAAGCAGCAGAAAACCUGUUCACGAGCGUAGUGCGACCACGCAAAGGACACGCGAUGAUUGACUUUCACGAAGACAUGCAGCACGUCAUGUCAUUCUUUUCCAAGCACCUCUACCUGCGAAAUAUCACUCUAGAAAACCGUAGCGAUAUCAUUGAGCUCAAGACGUGA